UAUCUCAAGUAUGUAGUUCAAAUAAAUAAAUACUGUUAUGUUUAUUAACAAGGUAAUACAACUUAAUUAUGCUUUCGAAAAAAAGAAGCUCCAUCUGGAACCAUUUUACAAUAGUAGACCAAAAGUAUGCUAAAUGUAGUUAUUGCUCGAACAAAAUUAGUUAUGGUGGUGGUUCAAGUGGCAAUUUAUUGAGACACAUGAAAACUAAGCACAUAACAGUGCCACUUGAUCGAACUGCACGCCAUCAUUCUUCAAAUACCAUGACUGAGCAUGAUCAUAUUGAGGAACAUAAUAUAGAUGAACCAUCUACUUCGGGAAUGCCAGCAUCAAAUACUUCCACUCAAAUUUUGACAUCAGUAACACCAACCAAUAUUAGACCCGUUCAGAGCUCCAUAACUUCCUAUGUACAAAAACCAUUAUCCAUUACAAAAUCAAAAAAAAUAGAUUCUCAAAUAGCAAAAUUAAUCAUUAAACAUUACCAUCCUUUUAGUCUCGUUGAAGAAAAAGAAUUCAAAAAUUUAAUACAGAUGUUGGCACCAGGUUAUGUUCUUCCCAGUAGAAAAACUGUAUCCAAUAGCCUUUUGCCUCAGUUAUAUGAAAGUACAGUUGAUACUAUUAAAAUCAAAUUAAAAAAUGUAACAGCAGUUUGCUUGACAACUGACGCUUGGACUUCAAUUAAUAAUGAUUCUUACGUAGCAAUUACUGCCCAUUAUAUCGAUGAUGAUACGAAGAUGUCAUCAAUCCUGAUUGGUUGUCAACAUUUCACAGCCAGACACACAGGUGUUGAAAUGUCUUCUCUCCGUAUAGAGCAGGUAAAUAAAUGGGGAUUAGUUAAUAAAAUAACUAUGAUUGUUAGUGAUAAUGCGGCUAAUAUGGUGGCAGCUGUUCGAUUAUGCCAGUGGAGGCAUUUUCCAUGUUUUGCUCAUAGCAUCAAUUUAAUAGUACAAUCUGGGCUAGAGGAAGUGAAACCAAUAUUAAGUAAAGUAAAGGCCAUUGUGGAAUAUUUCAAACGCAGUUCUCACGCAUUGUCUCGUCUAAAUGAUAUACAGAAACAAUGUGGUUAUUCUGUUUUGAAGCUGAAGCAAGACUGUCCUACGCGGUGGAAUUCCACAUACGAUAUGGUUGAUAGACUUUUAAAAAUAAAAGAGCCAAUUUUAUCAACAUUAGCCAUUAUUAAUAAUGAUCUUAACACAAUCACAUUUGAUGAGUGGAAUGUCUUGAAAGUGCUUUGUCAAUUAUUAAAAAUUUUCUAUGAUGUAACUAAUGAAAUAAGUUCAGAGAAUUAUGUAUCUAUAUCUAAAGUUACAAUAUUUUCAAGGGCAAUGGUGAACUAUGCAUCGGGGUACACUAAUAACCGUACAAUGCCAACUGAAAUUUGUUCAGUGGCAAAAAUUCUAACAGAGAAAUUGCAUUCAAGAUUUGACCAGCUCGAAACUAAUGAAGUUGUGAUGCAAUCGAUAUUAUUAGAUCCACGCUUCAAAAAACAAGGGUUUCCAAAUAAUGACAAGUACCAAUCGGCAUAUCAAUCGUUGUCAAGGAAAGUGCAAAAUUUACCUAUUGGACAAGACGCUCAAGAACCAGAAACAACAGUAGGUAUUGGUCCACUUUCUGGACCGGAGACUAUUUGGAAGGAUUUUGAUACCAGAGUUACUGCAGUAAGUGGUGGUUCUAAUGUGACAGUAGCUGGUAUAUUAGAAUUGGAUAGAUAUAUUGCCGAACCAUUAUUAAAAAGAACAGAAGAUCCAUUAGUUUGGUGGAAUGAACGCAAACUAGUUUAUCCAAAACUGUACCAAUUAGUUUGUCGUAGGUUAUGCGUUGUAGCCACAUCAGUUCCAUGCGAGCGCAUUUUCUCCAAGGCUGGCAUGGUGUUGACGGAGAGACGGUCAAGACUAACGACUGACAAAGUUGAGAAGUUGUUGUUUCUAAAUCAUAAUUUAGAUUAAAGUUAUUUUUUAUUUAUAUUUUUAUUUACAGUUGUUAAAAAUUAAUGAGUUCAACGUGUAAAAAG